AUGCCUCGUCCAACAAAGCGAAGCAAGCAAAUAACAGCCUUGGCUAACGAAAAGCGUCGCAAGAGUGCUCAAGCAGCGGGACGUCAGGUGCUCGAAGAACUCGCGGAGGAAGCCCGCCAGAUGCCGUGGUGCUCUCCUGCAUCCGUGCAGAUUCUGAAAGACGACACUGACUCGGAUGAAAAUGACUCUGAUUUCGAGGAGGGCCCCGACCUGUUUGUUGCGGAUAUUAUUUACGCAAAGAAAACCAACCGAGAAGGUGAAUCUUUUUAUUUAGUAAGUUGGGUUAACUACGAUCGCCUGACUUGGCAGCCGGAGCAUGACUUGCCCUAUCGGCUGAUUGCAGAGUUCAACAGUGAGGAGUUGGGUGUCUUCUGGCCAGUUGACUACCGAGCCAGCAUACCAUUUGGCUUCGACGCAGGGCUCAACGCGAACGGGACUAGAGCUAGGCGCUAGCAAUACAAUUUAAAUUGCGGG